AUGGAGCGCCUGAUAAGGGAUCUUUAUGAUCCGGCAAACCAGUCAUCUCCUGAGCGGAUCAACGCCAUCCAGACUCAGAUCCAGCAACUGCAGCGGGAGAAGUCUGCGUGGCAACUCGGGCUCGACCUGCUACACCACGGAGAAGCGACCGUACGUUUCUAUGGCGCGUUGACGCUGACCAUCAAGAUCAAUGCUGAUUGGGACAAUGAUGGUGUGGGCAGGGAUGAGCAGAUGAGGAAUUACCUGCUCGAGGCUUUAGUGACCAACUACAUACGUCUCAUCACCCUCCCAGAUUCGAACUUUGUGGUGCAAAAGCUCGUCUCUACUCUCGUCACUUUCUUUGUGCGUCCUGAUUCGGGUUGGACAAUGCCACUCAGGCAUAUCAUGGCCUGCAUGAUCGGCAGGCAAUAUGUUCCUGAAGAAGGCUUACCGGAAGUCGAGCAAUUGCUUGCUGGACCCAACCCCCUGUCUGCCCAUCAGCUCAAAGGGGUCCUGCUGCUCGCCACGGUAAUCGCCGAGGAUCUGAGCAAUCACUCCUCAAGUACAAUGGACGACGGCAAGAUCAACAGUCGUGUGGCUGCUAAUAGUCUUGACGCGUUACAGCUCUUGAGAUACUCUACGGCAUUUGCCCCAGAGUCCCAGGUUACAGUGUUAGCGAAUGGCCCCGAUCACCGCCAGGUCGAGGCAGAGUCAAAAGAUGGUAGAGCUGUCGAAGUCUUACACCUGGCCGUGCCAGCAAUACCAUACUGGACCAACAUGAUCAGAUAUGCCAACGGUACGGAGACCCGAAGACUCGAGGAUCUCGCAAUCCAUUGCCUCUCUACCGCCAGUAACUAUCUGGAAACGGCGGGAAUGACCGGUAGCGUCCUUCAGAUGCUAAUCUCUCUUGAGCAUUCGUCAGCGAGGCUUCUACGGCAAGGACUUGUGGGUUUCCCAUCCACCGUUGUGUCCUCCAAAAUGGCCGCAGAAAUGGUGACUUUGCUUGUACGGGGCGACUUCGUUCCUGACGCAAUGCUCUUUGUCGAUUUCUUGGAGUCGAUCAUGAAUCGUGCUGACACCACCAAGCCUGACUAUUUACAUGAUCAGGGGUUGGCAGAGAUAGUGCGAAUCAUGGGACGGCUCCUUCGCUGUGACGGGGUGGCCGUCAUAGAAGACCCGGUCUGCCACAUUGUCCUCCAGAGAAUCACCGAGAUAUCCGAGGGAUCCACGGACUGGGAAGAUGUGAAUGAUCCGGCUAUGGAGUUCCUGAAAACAUUGACAGCGGACGCCUGCGAGGCCUGUCUUCUGAAGAUCAAAAUCCCUCCGGAACAAAUGUCCAGUGAGACCCAAGAUUGGGAUGCGGAUGAUCGAGCAAGGUUUCGCGAUUUUCGCUACGACGUGCACGACUUCCUCCAGUCAGCUUUCACCAUACUGGGGAAUGCAUUGAUCGAGGAAGUUGUAAAGACGGUCAUUCAACAGGCGACACCACCAGAUUGGAGCACCUUUGAAGCCAGCACGUUCGGGCUAAUCGCGUUGUUUGAUUGCAUAUCCUCAGAGACAGACACGUACGACCUUCUGAUCACUACCGUACUAGGCAGCCCUGCUUGGAGCCACCUGCUUCAGUCUACUAAUGUUCCAGAUCGAGCGUUGCAGACAGGGAUCAACUUCAUCGCCGAGAACGUCACUUACCUCGAACGGCAUUCCGACCGGCUGGUCCCAAUCCUCAAUUUCCUCUUCUCUUCGCUACACCUCCAAGCGUCCACGACUGCGGCUUCACGUGCAAUAUUCAAGCUCUGCGACUCGCAUCGAGUAAUACUCAGAGAAGGACUGCCCCAAUUCAUGGGAUCCCUGGGCUCAAUAGGAGAUAUUGCCGAGGCAGAGAGACACCGAAUCUUUGCGGCUGUUGCAGCGAUCAUUCAGGCGCUUCCUGGAGAUGAAGCGAAAAUGCAGCCGCUUACUCAACUUCUGGCUACCGUCGGGCAGGCCCUGAGAAGCGCGGACGAUAGCACCGCAGACAAAGACAGGACGAUGAGAGUUUGCACAGAUGUUGUACAAACCUUGGCCUCGAUCGGCAAAGGCUUGCGAUCGCCUGCAGAUGUCCCAGUGGACUUGGAGGCACCGAGCACGGACACAUCGGAGUUCUGGACGCAAGGCCCUGGUGCCCAUGUGCAACAGCAGGCUCUGGGCAUUUACCAUGCCACACUACAAAAGGUUCAGUCCAAUAUUGAUCAUGUCUUCGUCGAUGCGUGCUGUGACUUCAUCAGAUCAGGGUUUACCGAGACGCACCCGUCGCCGUUCAAGUUCGCGGAUUCGGUCGGGCUUGACUUGAUCAUGGGAUUUAUCAGUGUCGAAAAUCCGAGCAUCGACAACGCGAUGGCGUGUGCCACUAGCUACCUGGCCUCGGUGAGUCCCGAGAACAUACACCCCAGUGUGAGGGCGGUGUUGUAUGCCGUGGUCUCCCAUCAGCAGCAUAUCCUCUCCGUCCACCGGCAGACUGCACAGGUGUCGAAUAGCAAUUUUCCUUCUGCGUCGCUUGAUUUCUUGGGGCGCUGCUUUGGUAAGUGGGGAAAUGUAUGGUUCGAAACUCAAGACUGUCAAGAGACGGUCGCCGUAGCCAUGGAGCUGGGAUUGAUGGUGAUGGCAGACUCUGACACGCUGCCACGACGAUCGGCAGCGGCAUUCUUCGCCGCAUUUGCCGACUUCAGCGGGCCUGAGAUGCGACUUCACGGCGAUGCAAGCGUACGAGUGGGGACUGUCCUGGAUCGAUUUGGUCCUCGCAUCCUGUCACUGCUGCUGCGACUACUGGGCGGAGAAUGUGCUCGGUCUGAACUCGACAGCUUGUCAGAGACGCUGAAACGAUACGUGCAGAAGCAACCCAUGCUCACAAAGGCAGUCUUCAGGGCAGCAGUCAAGCAGGAAGCCGGGGUGAUGAACCAAAAAGCUCUCCGGGCUACGACGUUAGAACAACGAAACCGGUUUGUCUCCCAGGUAGAGGCAUUGCGAGGAGCUCGCAAGACAAACGAGGUAGUUAGGGACUUUUGGAUUGCGUGUCGGGGAAGUGGCUUUGGAUACAUCGCCUGA